UGUAGCCGGUUUGUUAUAGUAGCUUCGAUACAUUGCUGAGAUACAGAUACAAUUAGAAAGAAAUUCAAACGAAAGUGUUUUGAUUUUAAAAUCAGCCAUCUGUUUUAGAAAUUUAACGUAUUUUUCUGCCGUUGAAAAAUUAACACAACAAGAAGAGUUCUAGUUUUGAAAAAUUAUACAAAAAAAAAUAUUAAAUAAAUUUGCCAUUUUUUAAAUGCUGCAAGAAAUUUGUUAACGGACCUUUUAAGUAAGGAAAAGAAAAGCCAUUAAAAAGUGAUAAAUAAUUUGCAAGUAAAAGGAAAUAAACGUGCUGUGAUCAAUUAAAAACGUUAACAAAACAAUAACUUGAAAACCACACAAGUUAAAGCAAAUAAAAAAAUUUAAUAAAAAGACAGCAAAAUUGUGAUAUUAUUUUGUCAAAUUCAAAUCCUAACAAAUUAAGGUUUUGGCAAUAAUUUGUUUUAUUUUUUUUAUAAAAAAAAGUGACAACAAAAAACAUUUGGAAACUACUAGAAGUUUCUGGAAAUAAAAAUUUGAAAACAGUCGUUCAACAACAACAAACACAUUUGUUUGAACAAACUAAAAACAACUACAACAACAUGAAAAUGGAGAUUUUGGCAGUACAACAAUUAUACCAUCCAUCAGAUUUCAACGGACUUGGGUCUAAUAAAAUAAAAGAUUGGACAUCACCCUUAACACCGCCACCAGAGGCCUCAACAAAGGCCACCACAAAUUUACCUUAUGCCCAAACAAAUACUACCAACAAGAUCAAGAACAGUAUUAACAAUCAGAAAAACAAACGUUUGUCGGAAAGCAGCAGCAAACGCAAUUCCCCAGCCGUGGCCACCAAUCAAAAGCCAACUUUGAACUCCCUAAAACAUGACGACAAGAAUGUCUUCUACUGUGAAGAUUUGGAUGCUACACAAGUUAAUGACUUGUCAUUACGUUUGCUGGACGAAUUAAGAUUGGCCAAGUCGCGUCAUCUGUCGUGUACGGAAGUGUCAUUGCCCUGUGAUCUAACGCCACGCAUAGCCGUCGAGAUAUUGCGUUUGAGCGAUCGCGAACCAUGCGGUCUUAGAGGUUGCACCAUUUACAUAGAAUUCGAAGAUGAACCGAACAACUCCAGACGCAUUGCCUCGCUUAAAUUGGACUCGGAAACGGUGUCGACUUUUGAAAUCUACUUGACACUGCGUCAAGAUCAUCGCGGCUGGACCUCUCUACUGCCACAAUUCAUGAAGAGUUUGUCGCGCACUAUUACCAUCAGUCCCGAAUUUAUCAUCACAAAAAACAAGCUGUACUCUCCUUUGGCGAGUACAAGUUAUAGUUAUACCAGUUCCAAAGCCAUAUCAACACCCACCGCGUAAAUUUCUCAAUUAUGCCUGUUGUGUACUUAUGAAUAUGUCUUGAGGUGUUUUAUACUUAUUAAGAAAUCAUACCCACCCACCCUCUACAUAACAUCCACCACAUCACAUCACAACACCCACCCACCCUUCAUCACAUUACUGUUGUUGUUUUUGUGAUACGAACUCAACAAGCCACCAAAAUCCUACUCUCCCACCAACCCUACGAAGCUAUCAUCGUAAUCAAAAAAUCUCAGCAAAUCAUUUAGAAUUUUGAGUUGUAUGGCUUCAGACAUUUUUCUCUAUGUCGUGAAAAUAAUAUAUCUCGUAUCAUUUCCUUAAUAAAAAAUUCUGUUGAAUUGAAUUUAAAUUUAAGUCGAAUAUUUUGUUAGAUGAUAAUCAUCAUAAUGAUUAUUAUACCAUGCGUAUAAUAAUUUUUUUUCUUCUUGUAAAUGACCCGUCGAGUUAGAAUUUAAACGUACGAUCGAUUGAUCGAUCGAUCGUCCAUUAUUCUUCACUUAACUUUAACUCAAGGCCAAUUAUUAUCGUAUAAAACUCAUGAAAAUAAGAAUGUGAUAACUUAUUAAGAUGCUAAGUUUUUUUAUUUUUAAUUUUAUCUAUAUUUAUAAAAUAAUAUUUGUAUAUCGUAAUUAUAUAUCUUUAUAAUCUUGAACGAUUUGAAGAUGAAACAAUGAAAUGUGUUAAUUAAUUUAAAAAUUACAACCCUCAAGAACAUCAAAAAUAUUUAGGUGAAAAGUAUUGAACACUAUGUGUCCAAUUACAAUUCCAAACAAAGAAUUUUUAAAAUUUUUUGUAUUUUUAUUUAUUUAAGAAAUAUUCUUCUACUUGUAUGUAUUUUUUGUCCAAAUAAUUUGUGAAAGAAAAUCGAAAAAAAAACUGCGAUAUCCUGCAUACAAAUGAUUGUGUGCAUUUAGUUUGUAAAUUGAAAUUGAAACUUACGAAAACAAAAACUCAUUUCUCUUUAUUUAAUUUUACUUUUGUACUUUUCUUUAAUUAUUUAAUAAUUUUUUAAAAGAAUUCAUAUUGUUCUCAUUCAUUUUAAAAUGAUAUUCAUUCAUAAUGUUUUUUAUUUUAUUAAUUUUUAUUUUGUUUGUUUGUUCAUUAAUAUAUUCUAGUUUUAAAAUAAUGUAUUUAUUUAUGUAUAUGCGAUAACAAAAUACAAAAAACCAUAAGUUCUUUUAAAAAUUUAUUAAUUUUUAAAUAUAAAUCAUGUAUUAUUUUCUUUUUUAUACGAAUAUAUUUAUAAAAAAACAUGUCCUCAACAAAUAAAAAACAAACAAAACGAAAAACAAAUAUGUAUUAAAAAUGUUAAAAUCUAAUAUAUUUAAAUGUAAACAAAAACAAAUCAAAUGUUUUUUUUUAUAUAAAAUGUAUUUAAAACAAAAAUGAUCUUAAUUUUGUAACCAAAAAAAAAAACAAAACAAAAAAUUAUACCGAAAAAAAUAAUAAAAAAAUAUUCGGAAGUUGUUCGAUUAGAAUCUUUGGAUUCUAAAAAAAUAAUGGAUGAAUGUAUUAAACAAAA